AUGUCAGGGAAGAAGCAAAUGAACAUUCUUUCAUGCUUCGCUCUAAAGGAUCAGCUCCCUAAAAGGGUGGCCAGGUCAGAGAAGGAGACUGUGGAGAAGACAGUAGAUGAGGCAGUGGAGAACCCACUGGAAACAGGGAAAAAGAGAGGAUUCAGUAGAGCAGCCACCUAUAGGUGUUUCUUUAAGAAGGAGUGGUCAACCCGAUCGCCAUACAUCACAAUGAGAACCACCAGCUCCUUCUACUGGUGCACAGUCUGUAGACAAGAGAACUCCUGUGCCCAUCAAGGCGUGAGGGACAUACAAUUAGAUGAGCGUACAGUGAUGCUGAAACAGCAGAGAGGAGCUGUGAGAGAAGUGAGGGACAUGAGUUUGUUUGUGCUGCUGCUGCUGCCAGGACUUCUGUUCAGCACUUCUGUUCCUACGCGAUAUUAUUACUACAUAAACGCUAGAAUGUCAUGGGCAGAAGCUCAGAGUUACUGCAGAAUGAAGCACGCUGAUCUGGCUACUGCAGAUACAAAGAGUCAUGCGAACAGGUUGCUAGGUAUAGUGAAUGAUGGAUACAAGGGAUCAGUGUGGAUUGGACUGAAGAGAGGGACACAGCAUCAAUGGGGUUGGUCUUCGGGAGAUAAUACUCUUACAGAGUACAGUAAAUGGGCUACGGUAGAUCUUGAUCAUCUAUGUGGUUAUUUUUCCUCUGGAUUGUGGUACAAUUUGUCAUGUUCGACACCACUACACUUUGUGUGCUAUAAUGAAAGUAAUGCAUACUUCAGAUUCUCUUCUGCUAGAAACUGGAGAGAUGCUCAGAGUUACUGCAGACAGUAUCACAAAGAUUUGGCCACUGUUAAGAGCGCUGAAGAACAGGCCCAGCUACAUGCACUUGUUGGAAAUGGGCCAUCGGUCUGGAUCGGUCUUUUCUCUAACUAUUGGCAGUGGUCUGACCGAUGGAGUCUCUUCUUCAGAAACUGGGCAACAACACAACCAGUUGCAUCUUGUGACUGUGCCGCCAUGUCAACAGCUGACUCUGGGAAAUGGGCUGCUGAAGUUUGUGAUCUAAAGCAUCCUUUUAUCUGCCAUGGAUCACCCAAGAUUCGUCUACGUAAGAACCACUAUUUAAAUGAAACUAUGACAUUGAUUGAUGCUCGAAAUUACUGCAGAGCGAGAUUCACUGAUAUGGCAACUGCAGACACCAUGAAUGAUGUGAACAGUAUGAUGAACACAGUGGAUCCCGGAUACAACGGAUCAGUGUGGAUUGGACUACUUAGGAUCUUACCCGCACGUUGGGUCUGGCCUUCGGAUAGCACCUCAGUUUCCCAGUACAGUAACUGGAGUCCAGGGGAACCAAAUGGUAAUUGGGAGUGCGUAAAGAGUUUGAAUGGAAGCUGGUUUGAUGAGGACUGUGCUCUUACUCUCCAAUUUGUGUGUUUCAAUGACAGCACUGGUUAUGUGCAUAUUAACACUCCUCUGACUUGGAGAGAUGCUCAGAAUUACUGCAGACAACAUCAUACUGAAUUGGCGAGUGUCAGCAGUCCAGAGCAACAGGGUCUGAUCAGUAAUGAAUCAUCCGUCUGGAUCGGUCUGUUUCUGGACUCUUGGCUGUGGUCUGAUGGGUCGAGGCUUAACUUCAGAUACUGGAAAACUGGAUUACCAUCCGCGAUUACAGAAACUGGUAUCUGUGUUGCCAUGUCAACAACUGACUCUGGAAAAUGGGCCUAUCACAGCUGUGGCCAAAAGUUACCCAUUAUCUGCUAUGGGGACGACAAGUUAAUUAAAAAACAACUGGUCAGACUCAACUUGUCCUGUGGUGGAAAAUGCAAGUUAAGUGAUACUUCACUUCAGACAACCAUUCUAAAUGAGGCAAGUCUUAUGUCGUCUUUACACAGCAAAGGCGGCGCGGAAACCGAAUCUGAAGCGGCUUAA